GAGCGUUGUUUGCACUUGUGUUUUUUUAAAAAAAAAAAAUACUCCAGAAGGCAUGGAGUGGUUCAUCGCGUGGGUGCUGCUGUGGGGGCUCGCUGCCGCGCAGCACCAUCCACACCUCCGGCACGGCAGGACGGCCAUGGUGCACCUCUUUGAGUGGCGCUGGGAGGACAUCGCGGCCGAGUGCGAGCGCUUUCUGGGGCCCAAUGGUUUCGGGGGAGUUCAGAUCUCACCUCCCAACGAGCACAUCGUACUGAACAAUCCAUGGAGGCCAUGGUGGCAGAGGUACCAGCCGGUGGGAUACAACCUGUGCUCCAGGUCCGGUGAUGAGCGUGAGCUGCGAGACAUGGUGAAGAGGUGCAACAAUGUCGGGGUCAACAUCUACGUGGACGCCGUCAUCAACCACAUGUGUGGGUCGGCCGGCGGCGAGGGGAACCACUCGUCAUGCGGGACCUGGUUCAGCGCCAGCACCAAGAACUUCCCCGACGUGCCCUUCAGCAGCUGGGACUUCAACGACCACAAAUGCAGGACGAACAGCGGUGAAAUCGAGAACUACGGGGAUGCUAAUCAGGUGCGUGACUGCCGCCUGGUGGGCCUUCUGGACCUCGCACUGGAGAAGAAGUACGUCCGAGAUAAGGUGGCAGAGUUCAUGAACGAGCUAAUCGACAUGGGCGUGGCCGGGUUCCGGGUGGACGCCUGCAAGCACAUGUGGCCUGGAGACCUGGAUGCCGUCUAUAGUCGUCUGCACAACCUCAGCACCAAAUGGUUUGCAGAAGGCUCCAAACCCUUCAUUUUCCAGGAGGUUAUCGACCUCGGAGGCGAGUCUAUCUCAUCGCGCGAGUACACCCAACUCGGACGAGUGACCGAGUUCAAAUACGGCGCAAAGCUAGGAACCGUUUUCCGAAAAUGGCACGGAGAGAAGUUGUGCUACACAAGAAACUGGGGCGAAGGCUGGGGUUUCAUGCCCAACGGCGACGCCGUCGUCUUCAUCGAUAACCACGACAACCAGCGAGGCCACGGCGCAGGCGGGGCGUCCAUCAUUACUUUCUGGGAUCCGAGACUCUACAAGAUGGCCAUGGGGUACAUGCUGGCCCACCCUUACGGCGUAACCAGGGUCAUGUCGAGCUUCCGCUGGAACCGCCACAUCGUCAAUGGAAAGGAUCAGAACGACUGGAUUGGGCCACCGAGUCAUAGCGACGGAAGCACCAAGUCUGUUACCAUCAACCCCGAUCAGACCUGCGGGGAUGGAUGGGUGUGUGAGCACAGAUGGCGACAGAUCAAGAACAUGGUCAUUUUCCGCAACGUGGUCAACGGACAGCCUCAUAGCAACUGGUGGGACAACCAGGGUAACCAGGUCGCCUUUGGCCGCGGUAAUCGGGGCUUCAUCGUCUUUAACAAUGACAACUGGGACCUGGACGUGACCCUGAACACUGGCAUGCCCGGCGGCACCUACUGCGACGUCAUCUCUGGCCAAAAGGAGGGAGACAGGUGCACGGGAAAAAUGAUCCAGGUCGGUGACGACGGUCGCGCCCAAUUCCGGAUCAGCACCCGAGACGAGGACAACUUUGUGGCAAUUCACGCCGAAUCCAAACUGUAAAUUGAACAGACUAUCGCGAGCUAUGAACUCAAGUGCCAUUAAAGGGGCUUUGUGGUGAAAGGCUCUCUUC